GAAAAUAUUUUUGAAAACUCCCAGAGCAUUUUGCGUAGCGUUGGGUUGACCUAAAAUUCUCAUUUAUUUGUUAAAUUUUCCAAAAAAAACAAUAAAUUAAUUGUUUAAUUUUGCGGGAAAUAAGUCCGUAAAAAUGGAAGUUCCAAUACAUCCCCUAACAAAUGAUCCGACUUCAGCAUGGAAAGAACUCUCUAAAACCCAAAGAGUUAUCAAAGUAACAAUGAAACCACCACAGACGACCGUUCCAUUCAACAAAGCUCGAAUAGUUUGCAUGAGCGAUACCCAUUCACUGACGCCUUACAUAAAAUUUGAUAUCCCAGAUGGUGAUAUCUUUAUUCAUGCCGGAGACUUUACCAAAUGUGGACAAUUGGAAGAGGUGAUAGAAUUUAACAAUUGGAUUGGCAAUUUGCCGCAUAAGCAUAAAAUUGUCAUAGCUGGAAAUCAUGAGCUUAGUUUUGAUUCGACGUUUACACAUCCUUUUCAAAAUAAAUCGGUUUCGCAAAGAACAAAACAUUCUGGCCCAUCGAUCCUCGAUGACAUGCCUACAUUAGGCAACGCCAAAGAAAACAUCGAAGAUGCUGUACAAACGUUAAAUAUCAGAAAGUAUUUAACAAAUUGUCAGUACAUUGAAGAUGAACUAACAACUAUUUAUGGCCUUAACAUCUAUGGUAGUCCAUGGCAACCGGAAUUUUGUAAAUGGGCUUUCAAUAUUCCCCGCGGUCGAGAAUGCCUUGAACGUUGGAAUAAUAUACCCGAAGGAAUUGAUAUUCUUAUAACACACACGCCACCAGUUGGCCAUGGUGAUUUGUGUUGUUCCGGCGUAAGAGCUGGAUGUGUUGAACUACUAUCAAGUGUCCAACAACGAAUCAAACCAAAAUAUCAUGUUUUUGGACAUGUUCAUGAAGGAUAUGGCAUAACAUCGGAUGGACGAAUAAUAUUUGUGAAUGCUUCAACAUGUGACAUAAACUACCUGCCAAACAAUCCACCUAUCGUUUUUGAUAUAUCACUACCAAAAGGAUUUUCCAAAGAAGUCUAGUGAAAUUGAAUUUAAAAAAGGACCGCAUUAUUGUAAGCUUUUUUUAAUUAUUUUUUUUAUUUAUAUGUAUUUUGUUGAUAUAUAAUGUAGAUUUAGAUUUUUUUGUUGAAUAUUUUCUAAGAAACAAAAAUCCAGUGAUAAAAUAGCUUAUGAUAUAAAAUGGGCUUUGUUUACAAAAUCUAAAAAAAAAAAAAAUAAGUCAAUGCACAUUAAAUUUAUUAAGUGCCAUACGCACAUAUAUAAUUGUAUAUUGGAAUGAUAUAUGAAUUUAUUUACAAAAUUAAAAAAUAAACAAAAUUUUUUGAAAAUUUAAUAAAUAUUUUGCGAAAUGAAUAGCCAAAUUAUAGUUAUUGUGAUUAUUUUAAGUUUAUAUGGCACGUUGUAUUUGUAGCAUUGAAACAAAAAUAAUAUUCUUCUCUUAAAAAAAACUUAAUUCCGGUUACACAAAUUUAAACAAUUUUUUAUAGAUCUAUAAACCUUUAAAGCUCUCUAUAACGCUCACUAUAAACUUUUGAAGCUCUCUCUUUUGUCUUGUGGCUUAUAGUUUAUAAAAUUCUUUAGAUAUUGUCAAAAUUUAAGGCAUAAAAAUUCUAUUUUUAUUAAAUGCCUUGCACAAAAACUGUUUUUUUUUUUUUUUGUAUUACAAUCAGAGACAUAUGUGUAAAGCUGCUAGCUAAGUUCGUUCACUUUUGGAAAUUUUGUACCAGAACCAAAAAAGGAGUAGAAAUACUUUAUUAAAAAUCAUGUUCUUCUAGCUUGAAUUACACUGUUAAUGUUUUAGCACAACUCCGACCGUCACUAAAUAAAACCCUAAAUAAACCCAAUAUAAAAUAAAACGCAAUAGAUGUUUGAACGUGGAAAAGCCUUAGCAAAAACACGGUUUAUUCUUUCCACACUUCAUAAUUCUUUCGCACAUAAAAACUUUACCAUUACAAAAUCUUUCCGAGUACAAUUCUUUCGAUUUAAUUAAUUUUUUUGUUUAAAUAAUUCUUUCGAUUAAACAAUUCUCUCGAUUUAAACAACUCUUUCGGUUUAAACAAUUCUUUCGUGUUAAUCUUUCAAAGUUCGCAUCAAGACUAAAAAGAAAAAUGGUUUCUCUCCAACAAGAAAGAAAGAAAAACAUAAAAUAUAGAACGAGAGCACAAAGUUGCUCUGUUCAGUUAAAAGAAAACAUCGAACGAGAGUUAAUCAACUCUCCGUUCGAUACAGUUUAUAUUAAAUUUUCGCGGAGAUAAUAUAUUUUAGCUCGUCAAUGGGUGUGGUCCUUCGAUCUCAACCUCAUAACAAAAAAAUCUCUUACUAGACUUGUAUACAUGUGGGUGUUUGGAUACGUGAGACAUUUCUUUAUCCUCUUAAA